CUGGUAGUUACGGUAGCACCAAUCAUAACAAAGGGCGUGGCUUGUCUGAACGCGCGUGGAUGUUACGUCAAAAUACAAUGGCGUCGCACUUCAGCGGUGUACUGCAACUCACAGACCUGGAUGAUUUUAUCACUCCAUCUCAGGAAUGUGUGAAGCCUGUAAAAGUGGAAAAGAAACCGGGAAGAUCUGUGGCUAAAAUCCAGAUUGAAGAUGAUGGCAGUUACUUUGAAGUCCAUCAGGAUGGUCAAAAGCAAAAGCUGGAAAAAGCGAAGAUUACCCUGAAUGACUGUCUCGCAUGCAGCGGCUGUAUAACGUCGGCAGAAAGUGUCCUUAUCACCCAACAGAGCCAUGAGGAACUGUAUCGUGUGCUAAAACAUAAUAAGCAGCAGGCUAGCGCUAGCGAGCAGAAAGUGCUGGUGGUGUCGGUAUCUCCACAGUCAAGAGCAUCACUGGCUGCACACUACGGUCUCAGCAGCGCCGAGGUGGCCCGAAGACUCACCAGCUUCCUGAAAAACCUGGGUGUCCAUCACGUCUUCGACACUGGCUUCAGUCGCUCUUUUAGUCUUUUAGAAAACCAGAGAGAGUUUCUGGAGCGAUUCAGCCGAAAGGACGUAGACAAGAAAGCCCUACCGAUGCUGGUGUCUGCCUGUCCAGGCUGGAUUUGCUAUGCCGAGAAGACUCACGGUGAAUUCAUCCUUCCGUACGUCAGCACGACCCGCUCGCCUCAGCAGAUGAUGGGGUCUUUAGUCAAGAGCUACUUUGCCACACAGAAGGGUGUUUCACCGCAGAAGAUCUAUCACGUGACCGUGAUGCCCUGCUAUGAUAAGAAGUUAGAGGCUUCCAGACCAGAUUUCUACCUCGGCGAGUAUGAAACCAGAGAGGUGGAUUGUGUCAUCACUUCAGGUGAAGUUUUAAAGAUGUUGGAAGAGGAGAAUGUGUCUUUGAGGGAUGUGGAGCCGGCCACCGUAGACACAAUGUUCAGUAAUGUAUGUGGAGAGGAGAUGUUGGGUCACGCAGGAAGUGGAUCUGGAGGUUAUCUACAUCAUGUCUUCAAACAUGCUGCAAAACAACUUUUUGGGAUCGAACUAGAAGAACUCACAUACAAGACUAUGAAAAACAAAGACUUUCAGGAAGUGACUUUAGAGAAGGAUGGCGAUGUGCUGCUGCGGUUCGCUGCUGUCUACGGCUUCAGGAACAUUCAGAACCUGGUGCAGAAGCUGAAGCGAGGAAAGUCACCUUACCACUUUGUAGAAGUGAUGGCAUGUCCGUCAGGAUGCCUGAAUGGAGGAGGGCAGCUUAAACCUUCAGCAGAUCAGUCCAAUAAGGAGCUGCUUCAGCAGGUAGAGGAGCUGUACGGCAUGGAGAAAACCUCUGCACCCGAGGAGGACACGCGGGUUGCUGAACUUUACCACAGCUGGUUAGAGAGUGUAGGUGAGGAGAAAGCCAGACAGUUACUCCACACACAGUAUCACGCCAUAGAAAAAAACACAAGCAGUCUCAGUAUAAAGUGGUGAGAUCAGCUGACAUCAUCUUGUUUCGUCUCUUUGUUUCACCUUUUCAAGUGUGUGUAUAGUCGGUAUGUAAAGGAUUACUCCACUUUUUUAAUAAAAAUCCAGAUAAUGUUUCACCUCCAUGUCAUCCAAGAUGUUUAUGUCUUUCUUUGUUCAGUUGAGAAGAAAUUAUGUUUUUUGAGGAAAACAUUCCAGGAUUUAGUGGACCUCAUUAGUUUACAGUUUUAAUGCAGCUUCAAAAGGCUCUGAACGUCUUAUCUGGCGAAAUGAUCAUAAUGUU